AUGUCGCUACCCUACUGCCUUGCGUCGGCAUCCCGACGAAACGCACGGCUGGCGCUGUGCAAUCAAGCAGUCAGGCGGCCUCUCGGCGACAGGUGCGGCCCGAUUCUGGAAGCAAGGUGCGUUGCAUCAUCGAGUCGCAGCAGUGCACAGGUUCAGGACGAAGUCAAGCAGGAUCGAAGGGAGAUAUCGAAGCUGUCGCCCGAGGAAGACGAGCUUAAGCUCGGCAAGCGCGCACGCAAGGCCGUCCGCGCUCGUCAACGCAAGCACGAGGAACGCGUACUUCGCGAAGCCAGAAACACGGCCAGGGCCGAGAAGCGUGCAGAAAAAGCACGGACAGCGUCUGCCAUCGAUAACGAUGCCGGUACUUUCACCGUACCAAGAUCACCAAUACUGAAGGUCAGGCACAUGCUGCGCGACGAAGAAGCCUCUCCACACAGAUCACCGGCACAAGCGGAUGCAUCGCAGGAAUGGAGACAGCAGGCGAGGUCUGGUGACAUUUCGUCUCCAACGCAGGGCUGGAAUGGCACGCUCUUCAGCAGCCACAUCUCUGCGCUCCUCAGAGGAUUCGGCACGCUGCCAAACACCCCGCCCGUCCAAGCGGUCGCACUGACUGGUCAAGAUGCGCUGCCGCAACGCGAGGCCACUUCAACAAAAGCACGGAAUGAUGACGCGUCAGAGUCGACGUCCGCAGCUCCAAAGACAAGCCCGUCAAGCAUGACCAAGUCGGAGCGCAUGGAGUCGCAGGCGCGCGUCAUCUUCCGUGCCAUCCGCGAUGCGCGCGAGCGCGGCAUGAUCGACGAGGACGAGUCCUUCUUCUACCCGUACCCCGAGGGCGUACCGCCCAAAGACCAGCACGGCAAAGAUACGGUGUGGCUCAAUCUCGGCGCCGAUCCGGAAGCAUGGGGUCGCGAGAUUCCGACUGUCAAAGAUCGGUGGCUAGAGGUGCUCUCGCUCGGCCUGGCCAAGGAGAUCACCCCGCAAUCCGAGAUCAGACGUCCGAUGGGCACAGAAGAAGAGGCAGAUGCAGCCGAGCAACUUGCGUCGCAAGAUCCACUCGCCUUUGAGGAUCUUGUCGAGGACUACGACUUGGAAGAUCACGAGCGACUGGAGCAGCUCGGCGAUUCAAUCGUCAACAUGUCGUCGCGCCUGUUGGCGUAUCAGUCGUUCCCGGACGUCAACGAGGGCUCUUUGACGAGGCUGUCCAACUAUCCGACGCAGAACAACUUUCUCGCUCUGCUGUUCCAGGAGUGCGGCCUUGCAGCCAGGCGAGACGAGCUGCGAGACGAGCUGCGAGGGGCGCCGGAAGUCGAUGCCCAAGACGCCGGAGAUGGGCACCCCAACGACACGGCGGUCAAGAUGGCAGCAAAGGCGCUCGAGGGCGCGGAAGAGAAAGAGCAGCUGCCGUCACUGAUCAAGCGCGAUGCUGACAUGUUUGAAGCGUAUGCGGCCGCCGUGUUCCUCAGCCACGGUAACGACUUCAACGUGGUGCAUGCUUGGCUCAGUCAUCUCUUCCGGCCGUUCCAGGACCAGGCAUAUCGAUUCAUGGUGCAGCGCAGCGAAGCGCUGGCCAAGCUGCAGGCCGCACGUGCUGCCGAUGCAAAUGCUUCGUCCUCUUCGUCGUUUUCGUUCCUCAAUCGGGGCUCGUUGACGCCGUCUGCGACCAACAUCGCAGCCGAUGGGUUGGGGAUCAAAUCGGCCUCGGUCGAUCCGUCGUCGGUAUCUCUGACUGCGCUGUUCCCAGACUUUAUGCGUGCAGAGAAAUCGACGUCGCCCAUUCCGACGCAUGUGCUGCAGGGAGGCAGCGAGGCAUUCAUCACUGACGAAUUCCUCACGGUCGCAGCACGCGCGCGGAGGCAGCGGGAAGAACGUCUGCGCGAGGAGCUGCGGCUGCAGGACCAGCGCGAGCUGAUGAACAUGGGCUGGUUCCGCAAGGGCUUCCUCAACCUCAGCAAGGGCUUCCGGCAGUACGUGAUGGGCAAAGACGUGGUGCGCGAGGAGGAGCUGCGCAUGCGCGAGCGCAUCCACCAGCAGCGCGGGCUCAGCGAAAAGGACCGAGAGCGCCUGCGCGCGCGCGAACGCAGCAACGCCGGCAUCUCGAUCAAGAGCACGGGCAGCAAGACGCGCACAAAGAUCACUGGCAUUCAAGAACAUGCUCCGUUCAAGAAGGAGUGA